CCACUCAAAUGAAUUGGCAACUCUAAUUAUCAAGGUGAGCAAAGGGUCUGGUUCUCGGUUCAAGAGUCCAACCCGCUAGACCGAACCGAAUUUAAUAACACUUCUCUAGACCAGCUCCUAUGUUCUCCCGUUAUUAGAACUCAAGUGAAGUCUUAAGUCUCCUGAGUCCAAAUCAUCUGAACAUCGGACUUCAACAAAGUGGAUGCAUGCAUGCCUCUUCUUCCACUUUCUCACCAACACCUACAAGUGUUGCGCGCCCUCGUUCACUGCACCCGCCACAAACAACUACGCAAAGGUCGUGCCCUUCACGCUCGCAUCCUCGUAACCGGUUCCUUCUCCUCCACUCAAAUCGCCAACAGCCUCAUCAACCUCUACGCCAAGUGCAGCCAUUUCUCAAAAGCCAACCUCGUAUUCGACAGCAUCAACAACAAGGACGUUGUCUCAUGGAACUGUCUCAUCAACGCCUUCUCCCAGCAACAAGCCCACGCCCCCUCUCUUCACGUCAUGCACCUCUUCCGCCAAUUGGUGAUGGCCCACAAAACCAUUGUCCCCAACGCCCACACCCUCACCGGCGUCUUCACCGCCGCCUCCACCCUCUCCGACUCUCGCGCCGGCCGCCAGGCCCACGCCCUCGCCGUCAAAACCGCCUGCUCCCACGACGUCUUCGCCGCCAGCUCGCUCCUCAACAUGUACUGCAAAACGGGCCUUGUUUUUGAGGCGCGUGAUCUGUUUGACGAAAUGCCUGAGAGGAAUGCUGUUUCUUGGGCUACCAUGAUUUCUGGGUAUGCUUCUCAGGAGCUCGCUGAUGAGGCUUUUGAGCUCUUUAAACUCAUGCGUCAUGAAGAAAAGGGCAAAAAUGAAAAUGAGUUUGUGUUCACUAGUGUUCUUAGUGCCUUGACAUGUUACAUGCUUGUCAACACUGGAAGGCAGGUUCAUUCUCUUGCUAUGAAAAACGGGUUGGUUUGCAUUGUCUCUGUGGCAAAUGCUCUUGUGACGAUGUAUGUGAAAUGUGGGAGCUUGGAGGAUGCGCUUAAGACUUUUGAGUUGUCAGGGAAUAAGAAUUCGAUCACAUGGUCGGCUAUGGUUACUGGUUUUGCACAGUUUGGGGAUUCUGAUAAGGCUUUGAAGCUGUUUUAUGAUAUGCAUCAAUCUGGAGAGUUGCCUAGUGAGUUUACUCUUGUUGGGGUCAUCAAUGCUUGUAGUGAUGCUUGUGCUAUUGUGGAAGGGAGACAAAUGCAUGGGUAUUCCUUGAAGCUGGGGUAUGAAUUGCAGUUGUAUGUUUUGUCGGCUUUGGUUGACAUGUAUGCAAAAUGUGGUAGCAUAGUGGAUGCUCGGAAGGGUUUUGAGUGUAUACAACAACCCGAUGUUGUUCUUUGGACUUCAAUCAUAACGGGGUAUGUACAAAAUGGGGAUUAUGAAGGUGCUUUGAAUUUGUAUGGCAAAAUGCAGUUGGGGGGAGUUAUCCCCAAUGAUUUAACUAUGGCGAGUGUCCUUAAGGCUUGUUCUAACCUGGCAGCUUUAGAUCAAGGAAAGCAAAUGCAUGCUGGGAUUAUUAAGUAUAAUUUCAGCUUGGAAAUUCCGAUUGGGAGUGCUCUUUCUGCCAUGUAUGCAAAGUGUGGAAGUUUGGAUGACGGGUACCGCAUCUUUUGGAGGAUGCCUGCCAGAGAUGUAAUUUCGUGGAAUGCGAUGAUAUCUGGACUUUCUCAAAAUGGUCGGGGUAAUGAAGGCUUGGAGUUGUUUGAGAAGAUGUGCUUGGAGGGAACGAAGCCUGAUAAUGUCACGUUUGUGAAUCUUCUCUCUGCUUGUAGUCAUAUGGGACUGGUGGACAGAGGGUGGGUUUAUUUUAAGAUGAUGUUUGAUGAAUUUAACAUUGCUCCAACAGUAGAGCAUUAUGCUUGCAUGGUUGAUAUCUUGAGCCGUGCUGGUAAACUCCACGAAGCAAAAGAGUUCAUUGAAUCAGCAACGGUUGACCAUGGUCUGUGUCUGUGGCGCAUAUUAUUAGCAGCCUCUAAGAACCAUCGUGACUAUGAUCUUGGUGCUUAUGCUGGAGAGAAACUAAUGGAGUUAGGCUCGCUGGAAUCAUCUGCUUAUGUGUUGCUAUCAAGUAUAUAUACAGCUUUAGGAAAGUGGGAAGAUGUGGAGCGAGUAAGGGGGAUGAUGAAAGCCCGAGGGGUGACUAAAGAACCUGGUUGUAGCUGGAUUGAGUUGAAAAGUUUGACUCAUGUAUUUGUUGUGGGAGACAAUAUGCACCCGCAAAUUGAUGAAAUACGGUUGGGGUUAAAACUGUUAACCAAGUUGAUGAAAGAUGAAGGAUAUCAACCUCUUUUGGAUUCAUUGCCUCCUGAAACUAUCAGUGAUGAUUUGAAAGAUCAAGAAGACAGCCAUGAGAUACAACUUAGGGUUUGUAGUGGCUUGUAGCAACAUUGGGGAGAUGAUUAACUCAUGCACAACGAUAGCAUUUCACCAUCGAGUUGCAAUUAGUGCAUUGGUGUUGCUGUCUUCAAUGUUUUGUGCUUUUUGCUGGUUGAUUAGCUGAGGGCAUUGUCACCCAUCAAGAAACAAGGUAAUUGACGUGCCAAUUAUUCGAAUCUUACCCACUGCCAAAAUUUUCAAGCUGCGAUUGUUAUGUGCAAAUGAUUAGUUCAUUUAUGGGGAAAAUACUGACAUGAAUCACAAUCCGAAUCUUGAACUGGAAAGAGGUCAGCAGUCAUUUUAUCCUCUCAGGUCAAUCAGUGGGAAACUAAGAGUGGAGCGGGUGGACAACCAGCUAACGAAUUAGACCUGAUUGAAUUUCAACUCUAUAAUGCGUUGGGUCAUUUGCACUCCAGACAACUAUAUGUGCUGGCAAUAUCUUAAACUCCAAGGUUGUUCUUUUCGCUCGUUUAAAUUGGCAAAGCUCAUAUAGACCAGAAAGAAAGGCUAAGCUCAUCAGUAUACUACAGCCCCAUCAUAUCAUACGACCAAACACCUAGAGAAAACUUUUACAAAGAGCUAUGGAUGGAGUUCUAAAAGUACACUCGUAUUUAUUAUUGGGUAUAAGUUAUGAUGAUAGAAUUUUGUUCCUUGACUUUCAAAUUGCUUGUUGUAAGUGUCAAGUUACCACACAUCGAAGAUGUUUCACUAAAACUACGCGAAAGAAAAAUUGUUUUGCUAAAUUCUGCUUUAUUGUUGGAAUCCAUGGAUCAUUGAUUGUUUUCUUCUA